AUGGCGGCUUCCAAGGGGAGCGCAUUGGCGUUAGCGGCUGUGCUGCAGCUGCUGCUACUGGCGGGUAACGCCGUGCCGUGCGUGGGUCAGGACACGAGCCUGCAGCAGUGCUUGCCGCUGGAUUACACGGAGGGUAAAGCUCGCUAUGACGCAUGUCGGCUUUCCUUCACGCAAUCAAUGGACUUCUCCAACAACUCCUUAUCAGGCCCUUUCCCCACCUUCUUCAGCAGACUCACCAAGCUCUCCGUCCUGUACAUGGACAGGAACAACUUCGCUGGAAGCCUUCCUGAUUCCAUUGGCAACAUGGUCUCUCUCAACGAGCUGGUCUUGAUGGAGAAUGCAUUGACAGGGUCACUGCCCAGCAGCAUGGGGCGCCUCACCAACCUCUACAACUUAGCCUUGUCAUACAACCGCCUGUCAGGGACCAUCCCCAAGUCCUUGUCCAGCAUGGCCAGCCUUAGCUCCAUUCUGCUGAACAACAACUUGUUUUCGGGGUCGCUGGGGCCCCUCGCUGCUCUCUCCUCCCUCACCAGCAUCUACAUGUGUUGCAACCGCUUCAACAGCUCCAUACCGUCUACCUUUGCCAGCAACGUCUUCUCCUCCUUUGACGUGUCAGUGAACGAGCUCACAGGGCCUCUGCCCUCUGCUCUCAAGUUCAAAGUAGAUUUUGGCAGCCCAAUAUUCAACGCGUCCUUCAACCGCCUCUCGGGGGAAAUCCCCUUUGACUUCAUCGUCAACUUCUUCAUCCUCGACAUCUCCCACAACAAUUUAUCGGGCAGAGCGUUCUUUUCCAGGCCAAAUGAGGGCCCUAAUACUGCUGACACCAUCAAUUUCUCGCACAACAAAUUCUCAGGAGCGCUCGACCCCUCCCUCUCCACCCUCACCUACCUCCGCCAGCUGGAUAUGUCAGGCAACCUCCUCACAGGGUCCAUUCCAGCCUUCAUUUCGCAACUCAACUCACUCACUCUGCUCGACCUCUCUUCCAACCAGUUCACUGGCACUGUGCCACCCGCUAUCAGCAACCCCUAUGGCCUCGGUAGCAUCAACCUGGCACACAACCUGCUGCUGGGCUCCAUUCCCCGGGCUCUCUCGCGCCUCUCCUUCCUCACCUAUCUCAACGUGUCGUCCAAUCAGCUGUCAGGAGACAUCACACCGGCCCUCUCUCCUCUGACCUCCCUCGAGAUUGUUGACAUCUCAGCCAACGCAUUGAACAGCUCUGUUCCGCCCUUCUUUGGUCGCAUGCCCAACCUGUCCCACCUGGACAUGGCCAUCAACCUGUUCUCCGGUUCGCUGCCUCCCUCCAUCUUCAACCUGCGAAACCUCUCCCACCUCAAUGUGUCUCGCAACCGCCUCUCAGGCCCUCUGCCCAACGCUGCUGCCAGUCCAGCUCUCAUCAUCGAUCUCUCAUUCAACACGCUCUCAGGGUCGCUGCAGAUCCCCCAUAUCAAUCUCAAGCGCCUGGCCCUGCUGGCGGUGCAUCACAACCAGCUGUCAGGCCCCAUCCCCGAGUACCUCUGCCAAUCCGUGCUGCAGAUCAUGCUCCUAGGCAGCAACGCCUUUUCGGGGGCCCUCCCUCAGUGCCUGCCUUUCGUCUCCUCCGUCCAACUCAUUGACGUCAGCAAUAAUCUCCUCUACAUGGACGCCGCAUCCUUCCAAAACAUGCCACCCAUCAGCCUGGACCUCAGCGGAAACUACCUCUACGGCUCCUUCUCCCCCUCCCCCAACAUCACCCUCUCCUCCUCCUCCCCAACCCCACCCCACCCCUCUCUCGUCCUCCCAGCGACCCCCCAACCCCAGUCCCUCCCCCCCUGGGCAGUCCAGGAUGCAUCGAGCCCUCAGUGGGUGUGGGUAUGGCAGGGGGAGCAGCAGGGGGGAACUGGAGCAGGAGGGGAGGGCGGGGGGAAUAGCAGCGCAGUGGCAUGGCUGGCUGUGGAUGGGAACUGUCUGGGGAGUGAAGGGGUGGGGCAGCAGCGGGGGGCGGCAGAGUGUGCGGCAGUGUGUGGGAUAGAGUCAGGGCAGGGCCCAUGUGGGGGUGUGGGCGCGGGGCAGUGUGUGGUGGAGAGCGGUUGGCCGCCGUCCCUCUCGUGCUCCUGUGCCAGUGGUUACGUUGCUGUCUCUGCUGCCGGCACUGCCAACACCACCACUUGCCAGCUGCCACCCCCGUCCCCACCCGUGCCCUCUCUAUCCACGGGAUCCAUAGUGGGCAUCGCGGUGGGCUGCUUUGCUGGCUUCACACUGCUGGCAGCAGUGAUCGCAUGGCUGCUGUGGCCGCGCAGACCAAAGAAGUGGGAGGGGUUGGAUGUGUGUGAGCAGUUCUCGCUGCAGCAGAUGAUCAAGGCCACCAACAACUGGUCAGACGACAAUGUGCUGGGCAAGGGCGGCUUUGGCGUUGUGUACAAAGGCCGCUCGCCACAGGGCCAGCUGUGGGCCAUAAAGCGCUCCACCAUCAUGACCAACGACUUUGAAACGGAGGUGCGAGCCAUGGCGUCGCUGCACCACAUGCAUCUCGUGCGCCUGCUGGGCUUCUGCCUGGACCAGAACGUGGAGACGGGCAAGCAGGAGCAGAUCCUGGUGUACGAGUUCAUAGGCAACAGGGACCUCCAGUACCAUAUCCAUGCCACCAAGCGUCCGCUCUCUCUGCGCCAGAGGUUGCGCCUAGCGCAGGGAGCAGCAGAGGGCCUGGCGUACCUGCAUGGGUUUGACACAACCAUCGUUCACCGCGACAUCAAGCCGGCAAACAUCCUUGUGACUGCCGACAUGCAAGCCAAGGUGGCUGACUUUGGGCUGCUCAAGCGCCUCACUCACGGCGAUGCUGACGCCACGCGAGUGGCCGGCACUCCAGGCUAUGUGGACCCGGACUACAACCGCACCAACGUCAUCACAGCCAAGAGCGAUGUGUUCAGCUUUGGAAUCGUGCUUCUUGAGUUGCUGAGUGGAAAUUCACCCCAAGUUGACGCAAAAACGCAUAUAAGCAAAUGGGCAAUGAAGAGGGUGGAGGCGUAUAAUCUAGAGGAGCUGAGGGACAGCAAGAUGCCAGUGGUCACUGAGGAGGCGAUAGUGGACUUUGCAGACCUGGCUCUGGACUGCAUCAAGUCUCCCGGCACACGGCGGCCCACCAUGAAGGAUGUGGCAUACCGCCUCAAUGCCCUCAUUGAAAAGCACUGCCCCGACAAGGAGGAUGAGUGGGAAUGUGUCGCGAGAGAAGAGAGUGCAAGCAACGAGAGUGUGUCUUCCAGGGAUGUUUCUGCUGUGUCGUUUGGAGAUGGUGGGAGGGAGCCCGAGGGGUCUGAUGGCUCACAUUCUGGUGUGGGCUCAUUUAUGCGCGUUAGCUCGAUAGGUGAUAGCCUCAGGAGUUGGCUGCAAUUGAAGCCAACCAAAGGGCGCUGA